AAUUGAGAGGUUUGUGGUUGACUGACGUGUGUGAACUCUAUUGAGAGAAAUUUGUUAAUUUUCUGAAAAAUAAUUGUGAAAAUUCAAAUGCUUAUCGACAAAAAUACUAAUAUCAAUACCAAACAAUGACGAUUCUUCCUACGAUCAGGAAAACUGCGGGUAACACAGAGGAAAACAAGGAUGCAAAUCAACAAAGUGCGACCUCUGAGAGAGUAAAUAGAAAUUUAAUUUCUGAAACAAUUGUAUACCAAAUUUUUAGUGAUAGAAAGGAGAGAUUUCGUAAACGAUAUAAGGAAACAGAUAGACCUAGAGACAGGGAGAGUGUAAGGGAACAAAAACGUGAGGUAAGAAGGGAACAAAAAAGGGAGAGGACUGUACUGAGUAAAAGAGAAAUUAUUUCCGAACCACUGCAUGAAAACAAUGCCAUUGCAUCACCUGUAGACAGUUCAGAUGUCGAAGUUCCAUGUAAUAAUAAUGAAAAUGUUAAUAAAGAAGAAGGAACUGGUUUCAAUAGUGAGGAUGAGUAUGACGAAAGCUUUUUUAAAGAUAGACAUCUCACUGCUGAAGAAUGGCAGAAGAGAGACACCAUUUUUGCUAGAUGCAUGUCGAAUCUAGGGUAUGAAAUUAAAAAUAUGAAUGAGGAUGGUGCGUGUCUGUUUCGUUCCAUUGCCGACCAAGUAUUUGGAGACCAAGAAUUUCAUUUUCAAGUGCGACAGGAUUGCAUGAACUACAUUGUUCAGAAUCGUGAUUAUUUCGAACCUUAUGUUACUGAAGAUUUUGAAAAGUACGUUGCAAGAAAACGUACAUGGCACGUCCAUGGAAACCAUUUGGAAAUUCAAGCAAUGAGUGAACUUUAUAAUAGAGCUAUAGAAGUUUAUUGUUACCAAAUAGAACCAAUAAACAUUUUUAAUGGUGCAAGAAUAGCCUCAUAUGAACCUAUAAGGCUUUCAUAUCAUAGAAUGUGCCACUACAACUCUAUAAGUAACCCGAAUAACCCAUCAGUAGGAGUUGGUUUGGGACUGCCUAAUUAUAAACCUGUAGAUAUUGAUAGGAGAAGAUUCAAUGAUGCUAUUAGGGCCAGCGAAGAAUUACUCAUUGAACAGACUAUGUUGGAAGACAAGAUAAAAGCAACUGAUUGGGAGGCAACUAAUGAAGCUAUCGAGGAACAAGUAGCCCGAGAAUCUUAUAUACAAUACUUCAGAGAUACUGAGAAACGCUUGAAAGCUGAGGGCCAUCCUUUGGCCAGUGGAAGUAGCUCCACUAUCACUUCUUCUAUGGUGUCCAGUCCGAGAUGUUCAAGAAGAGGUUCUGUGUCUCCGAAAGGUGGUCAGUCGCCUAAGGCUUCUCCGUCUACAAAAAAUAGCCAUUCUCCACUUGCUAGUCCCAGGACAUCAUUUGGGACAAGUUCGGGCAUGUCAUUCAUUUCUGAGUGCUCCAAUAUUGAUAAUGUGCCUCCACCUUACGUUCCUACUAAAGAAGAAGAAGCUCUUGCUAAGCGUUUAUAUAAUUCGCCUCGUCGUAUCGUUGAACAGUCUGAAAACCUAGGCUUCAACAAAGAAAACUUUUCGGGAGAUUUCAAACAGCAAGCUGGACCUUCUACCGUGGUGAACGAUCUAGGUUUUGAUGAUUUUGACCAGGAAAUCAUGGCUCAAGUUCUAGCAGAAUCUCAACAAACUUACUUAGAUGAAUUGAAGCAUAAGUCGAAGAAACGACAUGGAUCUCCAGGACCAUCUACAUCCUCAUAGUCUAUAAUAUGUAAAUCAAGUCUGCUCAUUAUUUUUCCAAACUUAACGCCAUUUAUUUGAGGUUAUUUUCAAAGUGCCCAGCUUCUGAAUGAUAUGCCGUUUGGGUCAAGAGAAAUUUUUCAUUCGUGACUACAGUACUUUUUUAAAAUGUCAUUAUUUUCAAAAAAAUUAUGCAAAAAUUGAUAGAGCCUGCACUUUUUCAUUGAAAACUCUGACAAAGCAUGUGAAUUCUCGGUAUUUUAGUUAUGAAAAAGAGGCUGUGUUUUACUCUCUCUUAGAUAAUUUUUCAGAUGUGUUCAGCAUUAUUUUCAAAACUGAUUGAGCUACAAAAGUUUUGAAUGUUACAAAAUUUUCCCAAAUGGCUGAUCAUCCUGUAUGGGAGUGUUAUGAUAUGCAAUACAUACAUCAAUAUCAUUAUUACGACAACUAACCCUCUCACUGUUUGAAGUAAUAAUAAUAAUCUCGGCAUCCAAUGUUUCAUUUAACUGGGCCAUUUCUACAUCAUAGAUUAGCUUCCACUUACUACAAUACUUGUUUUUGUCUCAAAGUUUCCAAAUCGAAUCGUUUGAAAUAUAUAUUGCAUAUCAUUAUUCAUAACUUUGAUGACAUAAUUUGUGAAAAACUGUCACAUUCUUGUUUCGCACACAUAGAAUUUUUCUUGUCACAAGCUUUUUGUGUCAUUGCGACCUUUAACUACAAUUAGUGAUUUCAAAGUGUCUGUUUAUGAUAUAUUCGUCAAUAGGUGUAACAUAUUUAUUUCAGUUCAAGCUCUACAUUUCAUUGGGUUUAUGUCUCGUUUGAAUUUAAAUAUCGGUUGACAUAAUUUUGCAAAUGUUCAGGUUACAGGACCAGACAUUUCUAUUCAGAAGACAUGAGUUUGAACGUUGCUUUCAUGACGGUCUAGUAAUACUGAAGAGAUCAAUGGAUGCUCGAAACACUGUUUAGUAUCGAAUCAGGAGUGUAACAUUUUUGGGCUCUAGUGUCAUUUAUUAACAACUUGUUUGUUUACCAACCAACCUGUAGCUGUGAUAUAUAAUAUUUACCUAUGUGAAAGCUAUUUUUCAGGUUUUUUGGCUGUGGUCUUGCAGGCUUUUAUGCCUGCCAUUUCGUCUACUACUGCGGUAGGCAUUAUCAAAGGCGAUGUGGUAACGGUCGCAGUGCCGGAGUUAUUCAAUUCAAUUCAUUUUAUUCAUAAGUUUUAGAGACUACAGUGAAAGUAAUAUAAAACACGCCACAGAUUACAAAUAGUUAUUUCACAUUCAAAACUGACAAUUUUGAAAUUAGAUAAAUGUCAAGUAAGUUAAAAUAUAUUAUUGAAUGAAAGUAUCCAUUUAGCCAGAUGAAAUUCUUCAAUAUUAUAACACAUUUUCGACAACAGAAAAGUUUUGAGAUAUUUUCUAGGUUUGGAUUUGUUCCCGCUGUUCGGUCAAUCCAUUUGGAACAACAGAAACAACAACCCGGCCCCUGCGACCGUUACAACAUCGCCUUUGAUGUCUACCGCAGUAGUAUACGAAACGUCAGGCAUAAAAACCUGCAGAAUACGGUCAAAAACCCGGAAAAUAGCUUUCACACAGUUAUAUCAGAACGUGAAAGUUUACAUUCUUUAAGAUCCACCUAAUUUGUAAUGUUUAUAAACAUCUGAUAUUCAAAAAGCAAUCUGAAACUGGGCAGUGUGCAUUCUUUGAAGAUUUAAAGUCCGUUAUUAAUUAUUUUGUCAUGGGUAUAAUUUGUGUGUGUGUGUAUAGAACCGCCUCUUUUUAUAAAGUUAUAAAUGUAGAGAGGUGGAAUAAAUCGAGUGACGCUUUGAAAAAUUUUCUUAUAAAUAUAAAUCUGAAACGAUAUAUUUAUCAAUUGAUUGACUUGAGACAAAGGGGCAAUCACACGGUAAAAGGUCUGUGGUUCGAGUGAAUUUCGAGAAAUGAAACUUUUUUGUAUCGGUGAAGCAAUUGAAAUGUAAAAAGUGGUUAAACUCGACCUGAAGACUGUUUCUCGAACCAGGCUGCUUUUGUAAUAGUUAUGUUGAUCAAAAUGUAUCUGUGAAAAUGAAUUUUUGUGGCUUGUCUCUCUGUUUUAUCUCCAUGUAAGUUUUUAGUUAAUUGCCUAAGUUAAUGAAAUGCAUGCCGUUAUUCUAUGUUUCGAUGAAACUCGCAAAAUGUUUCAUAAUCUCGUAGGAAGGAUUGGGAAGUAUAUGUUGGAAUUUGAAAAUAUAUUUUACAUUAUUUAUGUGGAGAUUUGAGACGACUCUAGUCAUUACUUAUUGUCUUAAUAUAAUUUGGAUUUAUGAGUUUUCACUCCCUUGGAAUGAAAACUCUGAAGUUACCCAGGAAGGUUCGAAUUUGUCGGUAACAUCGUAUUAGUUCUGUCGAUACAUUUGAACAAAGGCAAAUAUAUGCAAAUUAGUACAAUUUAAAUAUUUUCUACGAAGAUUCAGAGGUGGAUCCCGAAGCGUCAUCAAAAGGAAGUGUAUUUCCAAUUGAAAUAACUAGUCAUUUUUAAUUUUUGUUUUUCUUC